AUGAGCAGAGCCAGCAGACGACAGUGGCAGCCCGCCCGCCUCACCUGUCUGGGGUGCCUGUAUCACUUGUCUCACCUGUCUCCCUGCACACUAUGUCUCCUGCCGUCUGAAGAAGUGAAGCACAAAAAGCACCCCUAACCAGGCCGCUAGACAGACGUAGUGUGCAGAUUUUGCCCCGGCAUUGUGGAAUUGUCAACUUGUUAAUACGAGCGUGUUGACUAUUCUACGUGUCUGGCCAUCCCUCUCAUGUGCCGACGUGGAUGAAACCUGUGUGUGCUGUAACAGGGAAAGAUCGUCAGAAAUGGAGGAAGAGGAAGGGAAGGGAAGACCGGUAAUAAACACUGGUAUCUAGUGUGCAAUGUCUUCAUGCACAUACAGAUCUAAGGUGCUCAAGAACAGAUAUCAAGCGUAGAAAUGAGGCAUUGCAUUUCCAGUUUUCAAGAGUUGUGAAUACCAGGAUGAAUGAUUGUGGAAGUGUAGGAAGUAACAGUGCAAGUGACACAUCGCCUUCAAGUAACAGCCUUAAGCAAGAUGGAGCAAGUUCUCUUGAGGAGAAUGGAACAAGUACCAGCAGGAGUGACACAAAGAUGGAACAAGAAAUUAGCAUGGAGAAGAAGAGUGGACCUGACUCGUAUCCCCUCCACUACCUUGUGUGGCACAACAAUUACAGAAAACUGGAGAAGGAACUCACAGAAAAUAAGCAUAACAAAGAGUUGCGUGAUCCUCGUGGCCGAACACCUCUCAUGCUUGCUGUCACACUAGGGCACCUAGAGGCCUCAAGGGUAUUGCUGCGUCACCACUGUAAUGUUAAUGUAGAAAGCUCAGAUGGCUGGACAGUACUGCAGGAGGCCACAGCCACAGGAGACCCAGAACUUCUUGGGUUGGUGCUGGAGGGGCGUGACAUGCAGCGUUACUCCUCCAGGGUGGCUGGAAUCCCUACACUGCUUGCGAAGCUCAAGGAGGCUCCUGACUUCUACGUGGAGAUGAAGUGGGAAUUCACAAGUUGGGUACCACUGGUAUCCCGCAUGUGUCCAAGUGACACAUACCGCGUGUACAAGAGUGGCUCAAACGUCCGUAUUGAUACCACUCUCAUUGGAUUUGAUCAGACCAGCUGGCAGCGUGGAAAUAGGAGCUACAUCUUUAAAGGCCACCCUGAUGGUGCUACAAUGAUGGAAGUGGAUCAUGAAACUGGCCAAGUGUAUGUGGAGAACAUGCGAACACUUCCACCAGACCAGGCACAGGCGUACAUGCGGCCCCAUCCCGGCAUGCUGUCUCAGCGGCUCACCACACCCAUUGCCAUCACCUACAUUGAUACUGAGAAGAUCAGUUUUGAAAGGGAUAAAGCUGGGAUCUGGGGUUGGCGAAGUGAUAGAAGUGAAAAUGUUAAUGGCCAUGACUGUAAGGUAUUUUCUGCCACCAAUGUAGAACUUGUGACCAAGACUCGAACUGAACACUUAACUGAUGCUGACAAGGAGAAGACAUCUCCGAGGAGUCCUAUUCAAUCUUUCUUGAAUAUUGCUGAAGUAGAAGAAAAGCAAAACUCUCCUUCAUCAUCUGAGGAGAGUGAGACAGGCAAUCUUAACAAUCCUACUAACAUUACUGCGGAGGAAUACUUCAAUCCUGAGGUGGAUCUGCAAGGACGCGACAUUGGGCGACCCAAGGAAGUUUCCAAAAAAGUACAAAGUUUUAAGGCGCACUUGUGGCUGGCAGAAGAGUAUCCUCUCAAACUCCAGGACCAGGUGAUGCCCAUUGUGGACCUCAUGGCCAUCAGCUCUUCUCAUUUUGCCAAGCUAAAGCACUUCAUUCAAAUGCAGCUUCCUAGUGGAUUUCCAGUGAAGAUUGAAAUCCCACUCUUCCAUGUGUUGACAGCAAGAAUAACUUUUGGAAACAUUUUUGGUGUUGACGUUUCCAUCAACAAAGUGUCCACGGUGGCCGAGGAAGAUAGAUUGUCUUGUGUUAUUGAGGAAGAUGCAUUUGAUCCUCCAUCGAGUUAUACUGUCAUAGGUCACUCGGACCAGCAGCAUCUGCAGAUGAGCUUGGAUGAGGAUGAUGCAUUGCUCCAGUAUGCCAUUCAACAAUCCUUAGUUGAGGCUGGCACAGAACAAGACCAAGUGGACAUCUGGGAAGCACUGCAAGCUGACCAUCGCCCACCACCUGGGAAACAAGGACCCAAUUCCAAGCCAGGAUCACGUCCCAACACUCCGGCACACAUGGGACUACAGACGGUAGAGGAUGCACAGCUGCAAAGAGCCAUCGAGGAGUCAUUGGCUUUAAACACUAAGGGGGGAGGUGUUCAACCCUCCUCUCAGCCCACCACUCUGCCCCAGCUGCGCAUGGAGCCCGAGGGGGAUGUAGCUGUGCCUGGAGGUCUGGCUGUGACGCCAGGAGGCAGCAUAUUGGACUCAGAGAUGGCUAUGGCUCUAUCUCUAUCACAGCAACAUCAGGAAGAGGAGGAGGCCAGAAGGAAACAGGAAGAAGAAACUUUAAAGCGCAUUCUUGAAUUGUCCCUCACUGAGAAAUAAUGUAAAUUCUGCUCUAGAUGAGAAUAGCUAAGAAUACUGCCAUAGUACACUUUAUAUAUAAUACAGUUGUACUACUUGGUACUGAUGGGAAAUAAGAAUGUUGGGAUUCCAGGGCAAAUUAUCUGAGUCAAGAUGUGGAAGUUUAAUUUGAUAUUACGUAAAAAAAAUAAUACUCAUUGUUACAGGAUGAUGUAUUUGUUACAGAGACUAUUUUGUGAAAACUAAGAAGUUAGGUUCCAAAUUUAUUUGGUGGAAAAUAGAUGCUGUUGUAAUUUGUUGAAAGUUUUUGUUGACACCUAGUGCCUCUUCUUAGCCAUUUUGUACAUUCUAUUGAAGCAAGUGUUUUGUGUAGCAACACGUGCAGACUGCAAUGCUUUGGUCUGGCACUAUUUUGUCAGUGACAGCUAUAUCAGAUAAUACAGUAUAUUCUUUUUGAAUAUAUGAGAUCAUUAUUUGAGCAUGGUAUGUCAUCUAUAUUAAGGUGAUUAUUAUUAUUAUUACUAUUUCUAUUAUUAUUACCAUUAUCAUUAUUGUUAUUAUUAUUUUUAUUAUAGUACUAUGAUGUGAUUAUUUUAUAUUAACUUUACGUUAAUAAUUUUUUAUAAAUCCAGUUUUAGUGAUGAAUGUGAAGUGUGACUAUUCACAUGCUAUAAUAGUAAUAAUUAAGUCUGAGCUUUACUUUCAAGUCUUUCAUGGUACUUUAUAAAUACAUUGUCAGAAUAUAUAUGUAUUAAGUCAGAAUAUUAUUAAUCUCAAGAUUAAGUCUUGCAAAAUGUCAUUAUUAGUUAAUUACGGAAAUUAAUGUAUGGAAAUUGAAGUCUGUUGUAAUAGCUUUUCCUCCUUACUAAGUAUAAGAUAAUGAAAUUUUAAGGUUUGCAUUCAUGUUCAAUCUUAGAUUUUUAAAAUUUUUAUGUAUAUUAUUAUUAUUAUUAUUUUUUAUUUAUUUUAUUAUUAUUAUUAUUUAUUUAUUUUUUCUUUAUUUGUGACAAUUGACUGCUUCACUGCUGCAAGUUAAUCCACGGGUCUACCUCAAUCAAUGGAUGUUUCUGCAUGUAUUUAGAUCAAAGCAGACAACAAAGCAGCUCUAUUUCAUUUAAAUCCAGGCACAAGAUCACCCACAGACUAUGCUGCCACUAUGCAUUAAUCUAUUUCUUGACUUAAACAUUUUUACUUGAUACUUGUUGACAAUCCCUUCACAAAUAUCUACAAUCUGAAAAUGAAUAUUCAAAAGCUUAUAUGACAAAAGAGCACUCCAGUAUUAUGACAAAUUUCUUAAGUACAAAGGUCUGUGUUAAGUUCAUGUAUUUCAUUAUGUACGGCACAGAACUAAAGCCUCACAUCACUGACGGGUGACAUGAGAAUGCACCUGAUAUUGCCUCAUGGGAUGCUAAUAAGCUUCUGUAUGCAGUUUAUAUUUCAAUAUACAUCAGAAAACUAUGGAUUUUUUUCCUAACAGCAAGAAGAAAAACUGUGAAAACCUUUGCAGCAGUUAAAAUGAAAACAAGCUCACACUUCACAAACUCCAGUGUUUACAAGAACAAUAAUUGGCAUGCUUCAACAGUGGAGAGAGAGAGAGAGAGAGAGAGAGAGAGAGAGAGAGAGAGAGAGAGAGAGAGAGAGAGAGAGAGAGAGAGAGAGAGAGAGAAACUGAAUAAGGGAUUUUCAACUUGUAUCAGUGUUGUCAUUCUUCAGUGUUAUACUCAUUCCCAGCCCCAGGCCCAUAUCAACCUGUUCCUUAGUGGCUACACAAACUGGGGCUGUCAUGUUCUUUUGUAACAUGGGUUAUGACCAUAAAAAAAUUAUGAACAAAAUUCACAUGCUUUAUGAAAAAAAAAAAAAAAAAAAAAAAAAAAAAGCUAAAUUAUCAUAUUAUAUCCUUGUGCAAAUCUUAAACCAGAGCCAGCAGCAGUGAAACAUAUGUAAUGUAAGAUUAAAGGUUAUUUUGUAUUAUGCAUGCAGGUGCAGUAUAUAUUGCAAAUGUAUCGGAUACAGUGGAAAAAAAAAUGUUGGGGUAUUCUAUUAUGAGCCCUAAUGAUUGGAAUGAGAUGCCUAUGCAUGAUGUCAGCCACUGGCUACAGUAUUACAGUAAACCAGAAAUAUUUUGGUUUCUCUUUAUUAGUGAUUUAUGGAGGUGUGCAAUGUAUCUUUUGCAAAAAAAAAAAUAGUCGUCUUUAUUAUGGCUGAAAACAUUGUUGUGUUCAUGGUUCACUUAAAAGGUGAAAAAUACACUUCAGAAAGUAUUAAGCCUCAUCAAACCAUGAUGGACAUGUGUGAAUUUCCUGAAAACAGGUCAUGUUCUUCACAUAAUUGUAAACUGCAACAUUUGCAAUACAUACCUUCCUCCCUCUUCUAUAUAAGUUAAAAAUACCCAAGCAGUGGGAGAGAAUCUACAUCCAACUUACACUCAAAAUAGUGUUAUUUAGUCAGGAAGCAAGACAAUAAGCUGAACUAUAGCUAUGCUCUCCUUGGUUUCAUUGAGGACUGGUGUAAAUUUCAAAGCUCAACUUUCCAACAGUAAUAAUACAAUUUUGGCAUCUUAUUCCUAUGAAAUCUUAUGGUAGAAGACCCCAAGCCUGGGUUUCAUUAAGGCAAUGGGUGAUAAAUUUAGAUAGCACUGUCUUUUUGCAAUGUACAAGCCCCUUAAUAUGGUAUGGUACUAAUAAUCAGCAGUGCUUCCUCUAGAUUUUGCUGCAGUUCUUUCCUGAAAACAAAUGAAAUGGUGCUUGUGCCAACAUUCCCUUCUGCAACUGUACCUUUGGAUUCAAUAGUAUUAAGAAGAAUGAUGCGUAACAACUUACAAAAGAGCUGAAAGUAAGCAGGCAAGAUAUGUGCGUAGUGCAUUACAUGUCUUAAUCCAAUGUAUCAUUAUCAAAAUUCAUCAUUACAUUUAUGGAAUAAGUCAACGAAGUUACUGGCUGGGAGUGAUUAUAUAUAUAUAUAUAUAUUUUUUUUUUUCUCUCUCUUUUCUUUCAUACAGCCUAUAAGAGUAUGGAUGUGAUUAUAUUUUGUGGGAAUUGUUACAGCAACAAUUUUUGCUCAUAUGCAACAUAUUAGCUUUACUCUCAUAUAUAUACUUAUAUUAGUUUGAUCUGUUGAUACUCUGCAGGUAACCUGACUGCAUUUAUUCUGAGUUUUACUUCUUUUGAUCAGCUAUUUGUGUAAUAUGUGAUAAUGGAAUUAUUCAUUGUAACAUAAUAUUACAGGAUUUAUAUCAGGAUAUCUCAGGCACAAUAAUACUGAUGACUUUUACCAACCUCCCAACUUUCAUAUCAGAUUUUUUUUCCUAAAUAUUCAUGAAUAAAUUGAACAACUUCAGCUAAUGUAUAUUUGAUUCAAAGUAAAACUAACACCAUCAACAUAUGCUAUAAUACAAUGAAGUUCCCUAUGUAAAAGUAUAUUUUUUAUAGUGGUGUGCUAAUUGUAUAUAAAAGCAUUUACUUAUACUGUAGGCCAGAUCUAGUUAAACUCGUGAUUGUAAAGAAGCAUAAAAUGUCAGGAUGGAUCUUUAAAGAAUUUCUUUAUAUCUGUAAAGCCUAUUUUUGCUAUAACUGUCUUUUUAUGUCUAACUGUCAGGAACCCUCACUCCUAAGAGCCUUCAUGUUCCAUGUGUCCACCAUUACUAUCUGAUGCCUGGACAGCAGCAGUGUAUGUUCUAUGUAUACACACUUCAUACUGCUUUUCAUAUGUAGAAUGUAAAAGCUGAUUAGUCUAGCAUAUGUACUUAACUAAAAUGUGAGGAAGCUGAUAAUGAGAGAAUGGUGGAGAAGGUUGUGAUAUGUGAUAUGUUUGGUAAGAUAGUCAACUUUAAUGAGAAGACUAGUCUAUAUUAUGACAAUAUGAAGCAUGAACUCUGACUAAAGGUAAAUGUUUUGGAGGGAGCAAAAUAUAGGAACUACUAGGCACAACAAACAUUUUGUUGUUGCUGCUUUUGUGACAAUAUAAAGCAUGAUCUGUGACUAAAGGUUAAUAUUUUUGGAGGGAGCAAAAGCUAGAACUUGCAAAAACAACAUAAUUUGUUGUUGCAUUACGGUAAUUUCAUUAUGAAAGUACUGUAAGUCAGUCAGAGACUGUUUAUAUCUAUAGCAAUGAUCUUAUAGAUUUACAUAGGCUAUUAAUGCCACCUCUAGUUAAAUGAACUGAACUUUUCAGAGGAACUAACACCUUGCAUUACUUUUAUGAGCCUUCCAGUGCUGAACUUUUCAUGUACUGUGAUAUGUGAAGAGUCGAGAUAUCAGUACUUCCAAGAGCCAUAUCUUACAGUUAGAAAUGUGUGUGAAAGUUGUGAGGAAAAUACGAAUGUGUGGGAUUUAGAGAUUACUGCAGUUGCCUUGAAAUAAAACAAUUACUGCCAAAUAAAAUCCAUCUUCUUUA